AUGGAACGUCUACCAGUACUCAUCAAGAGCAAUGGACAAUGGAAUGAAGAUCACAAUUAUGUGAACUAUGUGGCUAGUGGAGAAUUCAUACCAACAAAAUGCAAGUACGAAGAGCUACUGCAAAUACUGCUUACUUCAUUAGGGUGCGAAAACACCAGCACAACACUACAAAUACAGUACCAAGCUAAAGAAGGAAUACCACCGAUCAAAAUAUGCAACGAUCGAAGCCUCUACUUUUACUUGGAAUUGAAAAUGAAGGAAACAGAUUUCACUACAUAUCCACUAUGUGUCAACCAGCAAAACAACAACACAACACCUGCUGCAACACCAAAUUCGAUAUCCACAACAACACCGUAUGAAUAUAAUGUGGCAAUGAUCGAAAACAACACAACAACGCUUGAAAACAACAUAACAACAACAGAAUCAUACACAACGGGACAGCAAACAGAAGAAGGGGAACAGUCAGAAACAAUAGAAGAUGAGGAGGACAAAUUCGACAUAAUUGACUAUGCAAAUCUGGUUGCUGAAGAAAUGGUAGAACAACUUGAAAACACCAGUAAAAAACUGGAUCCAGAAAUCGACAUCAACAAUGCAAAGUUAAUAACAGACAAGCAACACCCCAAAGUGGAAAAAGGACAGGCAUACAAAGACAAAGAAACUCUAAAAAAUGUCCUCAGCUACUACGCAAUCGAAAACAACUUUCAGUACAAAGUGUGGAAGUCCUGCUCUCAAGAGUACAGUCUGAAAUGUGUUUACGAAAGCUGCAAUUGGUCACUAAGAGCAUCGAGAAAUGGCCCAACAAACACAUUCAUAAUCAGGAGGUUCUCAAAUAUGCACACAUGCCCCAUAAAUAUUAGGCAUGAAGACCAAAGGCAAGCAACAUCGAAACUGAUAGGGGGAUGCAUAAAACCGAAGUUCUUGAACAUAAAGACCAAGGCAACACCGAUGGACAUAAAAGGGGAGUUGAAAUACAGAUAUGGCAUCAAAAUGAACUAUAUGAAAGCUUGGAGAAGUAAGGAACAUGCAGUAAACGACUUGAGAGGUAAUGCUAGUGACUCGUACAGCCUAAUACCGAGUUUCUUACACAUGGUGGAAAAAACAAACCCUGGAUCAUUUGUCGAUCUGAAAACGGCAGAAGACAACAGCUUGCUCUUUGUUUUCAUGGCGUUGGAUGCAUCCAUAAAAGGGUGGGGAGCAUGCAGACCGAUAGUUGUUGUGGACGGAACGUUCCUCAAAGCAGCUUAUGGGGGAACUUUGUUGUGCGCAUGCACACAAGAUGCAGCAGGUCAUAUUUUUCCACUAGUGUUUUGUGUUGCAGAUUCUGAGAAUGACCAAUCUUGGAAAUGGUUCUUCAAAAAAUUUAAAGAAGCGUAUGGGGUACGGGAACACCAAUGCCUAAUUUCAGACAGGAAUGAAAGCCUCAUCAAAGCAGCAAGAGAAAUCUAUCCAGAAAUUGCACACAGUUACUGCGGUUACCACAUUUUGAGCAACCUUAAAACAAGCUUCAAACAACAUGCUGCCAAAUACAAUCUGCCAUUCUUUGGAGCAGUCAAAGCCUACACAGAAAAGCAAUUCGAGUUCCACAUGGCUGAAUUGGAUGGAUUGGACAAACGCAUAAGACCUUACCUAAAAAAAAUCGGUUAUGAAAAGUGGUCAAGAAUUCAUAGCCAAAACAAGAGGUAUUCCACAAUGACCUCAAACAUAUCAGAAUCACUGAACGCUGCAAAUUUGGCAGCAAGGGAGCUACCAAUUACAACGCUGCUAGAAUGCUUGAGAGCAUUGGUGCAACAAUGGACGCAUACUAAUAGGACAAAAGCACACAACACCUUCACUAAGCUAUCACCAACUGGAGAAGACAUACUGUUGAAAAAUUACACAUACUCAUUGAAUCUGGAGGUUAAAGCAACAACAGAUUACUUGUUUGAGGUAACAAGAAUGAAAGAAUCGUGGGAAGUAGACCUAGAAAAAAGAACAUGCACGUGCAACAGGUUCCAAAUAGAUGAAAUGCCAUGCGGGCACGUUGUGGCCGUGAUGAGGGAGAUGAACAUGGACCCGUACACCUACUGUUCAGAUUACUACACAAAAAAAAAUUGGCUGGCAACUUAUUCAGGGACAGUUUACCCAAUAGGACACCAAAGUGAGUGGGAGGUACCGGAAGAAGUGAAGAAUAUUAUAGUCUUGCCUCCACAUGAAAGAGUAAAAUCAGGAAGACCAAAAACAUUAAGAAGGAAGGCUGGAUGGGAAAAGGAUCAACACAACAAGUGCAGCAAAUGUGGUGAAUUGGGGCAUAACAAAAGAACAUGCAGCAGAAGACGUAGAAGGGAAUAAAAACAACAACAGAACAACAGUGGAAAAACAAAAGAAAACUACACAUACGUUUUGAGAAUGAGAUAUUGAGGAAUUUAAAUUUCUGAAAUACAAAGGGAAUACAGUUUUUAUUUGAAAAACAUUGAUUACAUUGGGAAUUGUUGAUACUUUAGAUUGGAUAUUAAAAGAUGUUGGAUACUAAAUUGAAUAUAUAUAUGAAGUUUGUUAUUGAAACAGUUUGUGUUUUUAAUACUGAAAUGAAUAUUUGUAUUCAAAAAAAUAGAUAAACUAUAAGAAAAAAAAAAACAAAAAAAGAAGGGAUGUGAAAUGAAAAAACUAACAACUUUAACAUACCAACUUGUUUGUACAUAAGAAGAAUAAGAAAAAACAUACAAAAAUAAAGAUUACAUAUUGUCCACACAAAACGUAAGGAAACAUAACAGAACACCAAUGUUUGUUUACGAAAAACAACAUAAAAAAACAUAAAAACAACAUUAAAAAACUAUAAGAACAAUGACA